GCUGCUUUAGAAAUGAUAAAUGAAAAAGAUUCGAUUGUGCUCAAGGAAGAAUUUACGAACGGAGAAACGAUACACUUUGAUAAAUAUUGGGAAAUCUUAAUAAACAAAUACGGGAUACCAUUUGGACAAUAUAUUAUAAGCAUUUGUUACGCAAUAUAUGCACGAUUUACUCUAUUUAAUGUGAUAAUGUUUUUAAUUAAGUGCGUCCCGACAGGAAUCUAUAUGCACAAAUUCAUUAAAAGUAUUUACACAACUUCAAGGGAGCGAUUAAAACAGAAACAAAGCGAGCUUGAAGACCUUCAAUUGCAGGUUCAAAUUGUAACAACAAAACUAAGCGUACGGGAUGCAGAAUUUGCGGAAAGAGUAGAACAAUUAAGAAGGAGUGUCGAACGACUGAGGAGAGUGCGUGCGCGAGUGCGACAAGUUAUUGCUGCAGACGAAGAUCUGCGCCGCAACAUCAAUAGUAAUAAUAACUGGGACGACGACUCAGACAUCAACGUGCACUGCACCCCUGAAGAAGAAAGCGAAUUCAUAGUGGAAUUACUAAAGGAGCUGAAGUGCGACCAGAUUGCAGAGUGGGAGCCGAAGAAGACGUGUGGAGAAGAUGCGGGCGAGCCGUUGAGCCAAGAGAACAGCGUGUACUCCUCGAUAAGCGACAGCGACAGUAAGGAGUGUCACGUGAAGAUCGUCCGAGUGACCAAUGUGUACAAGGUCGCAUAUCUUAAGCAUUACAUUAAACAGAAACGAUUGCGACGCGCUAAUAAACAAGCAUUGUUAAAGAAAAAGAUGGACAGCAUUAAAAAAUUACUAGACGAUUGGCAAAAGACGUUGAACAUGGCCAUAAAUAGCAAGCUAUCGUUAUUAAACAUGAACCCUCAAUAUAUAAAAAUGACGCCACAAGAGGCGAUGGGUGACUCUAAUUCCAAUUGUCGAGAUUUCUCGGAUUCAGACAGCGAUUUCAGGAACAGUGUUGAUAACGGUCCAGACGAGUACAGUUUGAGUUGGACCCAAAACUCUUAUGUGCAACAACAAAAUAUGUGCAUCUGCAACUUCGACGAUUAUGAAACGGCUGUCUCCAAGGAGCUAUACGAUCAUCCAGUUAUUUUUAACGAUAAAUAUCCUCCUCUAAAACCGUGUGACUGUAACGGGAAACAACUCAGUAACCUCGUGGUAGUUCCCGAGGAAACUACGAGUCAGAUGGCGAUAGAGGAGUUGGGGAGCGAAGCGAGCGGAGACGGCGACUGUCGUGAUCUCGUGGCAAUGUGACUCUUAUAGCUAUGUAGUUUAUGAAUUAAAAUCUAACGGUUUUAA